CGUCUCAGACCAUUUCUGGUAAUUUGUCGAUCUAUCUCUUACUAUAAACUCUCCCUCUUCCGAUUCUAAUUCUUAUCUGAUUUUAUUUUACUCUCUUUUCGUUUUUAAUUUCUCUUCGAGGUUGUUAGGGUUUUUGAUUAUUCUGCCUAGGUCAGGAUCUAUUCGCCGAUUUUCAUUGUCUUUAUAGAAUUCGAUUGACUGGGAGGAGCUGAAAGUAUAAAGGGAAGGGUUAAAAGGUAUAUGGCUGCAAUUGUGACCGAUGACCCUGCUGGCGCAAGUUCGUUGGAAGGAUUGUCGAGUGCGCAACACCAAUCAAGUGAAGUAACAGAGUGGAGGUCUUCCGACCAGGUUGAGAGUUGCACCCCUUCAACUUCACCUCCCUAUUGGGAUACCGACAGUGAUGACGAUGGAGGGCCAAAACCUGCUGAUCUCUAUGAUAGGUUCACGUGGAAGAUUGAUAAGUUUUCAGAGAUCAACAAGAGAGAGCUGCGAAGUGACACAUUUGAAGUUGGUGGCUACAAGUGGUACAUCUUGAUCUACCCUCAAGGCUGUGAUGUGUGCAAUCAUCUUUCCUUGUUUCUAUGUGUUGCUAACCAUGAUAAGCUUCUUCCAGGAUGGAGUCAUUUUGCUCAAUUCACUAUUGCGGUGGUGAAUAAAGAUCCAAAAAAAUCUAAAUAUUCUGACACAUUACAUCGUUUCUGGAAAAAGGAGCAUGAUUGGGGGUGGAAAAAAUUUAUGGAGUUAUCUAAAGUGUCGGAGGGUUUUGUGGAACAAGACACACUUAUCAUUAAAGCCCAAGUUCAAGUGAUCAGGGAGAGAGCGGAGCGUCCGUUCCGUUGCCUUGAUUGCCAGUAUAGGAGAGAACUUGUCCGAGUAUAUCUGACUAAUGUAGAGCAAAUCUGCCGGCGUUUUGUUGAAGAGAGAAGAGGCAAGCUGGGAAAGCUCAUAGAGGACAAAGCUAGGUGGUCAAGCUUUUGUGCAUUUUGGCUAGGAAUGGAUCAAAAUACUCGGCGCCGCAUGUCAAGAGAAAAGAAAGAGAUGAUAUUAAAAGUAGUUGUUAAGAAUUUUUUCAUAGAUAAGGAAGUUACAUCUACUUUAGUUAUGGAUUCAUUGUACAGUGGCUUGAAAGCUCUUGAAGGUCAAAGCAAAAGUAAGAAAGGAAAGGGAAAAUUUCUAGAGGGUGAAGCUACACCUGCUCCAAUUGUUCGAGUAGAGAAGGAUGUUUUCAUUUUGGUGGAUGAUGUUGUAUUACUGCUUGAGAGAGCUGCCAUGGAACCACUGCCUCCUAAGGAUGACAAGGGCCCUCAGAAUCGAACAAAGGAAGGGGGUAAUGGUGAGGAGUUUCACAAGGAGUCAAUUGAACGUGAUGAGAGGCGUCUAACAGAAUUAGGGCGAAGGACAGUGGAGAUUUUUGUUCUUGCUCAUAUAUUCAGCAACAAAAUUGAAGUGGCCUACCAGGAAGCUGUUUCAUUAAAGAGACAAGAGGAGCUCAUUCGAGAAGAGGAGGCUGCAUGGCUAGCUGAAAAUGAGAAAGCAAAGCGUGGUACAGGAGAAAAGGACAAAAAAUCAAAGAAAAGACAGGGAAAGCAAAAGAGAAAUGCUCGCAAGGGAAAGGACAAGUUGAAGGAUGACAAACUCACUGUUGUAGCACAAGACAAACCAUUACAUGAAGAGCCGGGUGCUGGAAUGAAAGACCUGGUAGUGCCCGAAACUGUGGCUGACAAGGAUGAUGCAGUCAAAUAUGAAUCUGACAUGUUUGAUUCUGCGGAGUGUGCUGUAAACAUGCUACGGCCUGAUGUAGAAGAUAGAGACGCGAGUCCUAUUAAUUGGGACACAGGCACGGCAGAGAUUCACCCCACUCCAGAUGCCCGUGGCAGUGAAAUUAGCAGUAUAACUAUGCAGAAUGGGGCUGCAGAUAGGAGGAGUUCGUCUAUUAUGGAUGAUAGCUCCUCCACAUGCUCUACGGAUUCUGCCCCUUCCGUUAUAAUAAAUGGAUCAUACAGAUCGAACUCCUCUCCAAACUAUAAAAGCCAGAAAUCAUCACCAUCAAGAGGUAAACAACAACAAAGUAAGGGGACGUGGACAUCUGAGGAUCAUAGUGGUUUAAAUGAGGCAAAUACUCGACCAUCUGAACCUACUGAAGUUGGUUUUUGGAAGGAUGCUUCUCCUAGUCACCAGGCAGUCGAAUCUAAUGAGUCCGAGGGGACUGUCACUUUAUUGCAGGACAGGACAAAAUGGCCAGAGUUGAAUGCAGUUAAGAAGGAACAAGAUGUUGCGCUAUUUCAAAAAAAGCCAAUCAAGAAGGAAAACAAAGACCAUUUUGAUGUAUCAACUGAGGAAAAAGUAGUGAUAGCAUCACACUCAUCUAAGAGCCCUCCUAGAAAUGCAACCUCAUCUCCAUCAGUUCACUCAAAUUUUAAUGUAAAGCUUACUUCACAUAGUGAACUGGUUUUACCGAAAAGAUUAUCCUCAAAUGGGCAACAAUCUGACAAGGAAACAUCAAAUGUGUCUUGUUAUACAGCAACUUUGUCAAAACCUGGCUCAACGAAGUCUACCAUUCUCAAGCCGAUGGAUAGACAUACCGGACAGCUGGCUGGAGGAUUGUCAAGGCCGUCAAGUGCUCCUCUUAUUCCUGGGACUUUUCCUACCGUUCCAGUGGUUUCCAUGGUACAAGUAACAUCUUCGAGUGCUCAUAUGUUGUCUCGUUCUAUUAGUGCUGCUGGUCGCUUGGGUCCUGACCCCUCCCUGGCAGCAGCCCAUCCAUAUGUGCCACAGUCUUAUAGGAAUGCCAUCAUGGGUAACUCUUUCAGUAAAAGCUCCCCGGGUUUCACACAUCCCUCGCAGCCAGCUAAUGCAGUGGUGAACGCAGCAUUCUCUCAACAGUCCACUUUGUUGCACAAUCCUGUAUUUUUCUCUUCGGCAUCUGAUAGGUUGGAACCUAACAUUAUCAGUUCAUGCGUGCCUUUCACUCCACCUCAGGAUGAGUCUCUUGGCCAACCAUGGAUGGAGAACCCCCAGAUUGAUGCUGACAAAAGUGUGAUGUAUGAUUCCCUGACGAUGCAUAAUGGUAUUUCAAACUUUGACAUGUAUCGACCUAUUCACAGUGUGCACCGUAUGCCUCAUGAAUUAUUUCCUUCAGAAUUGUCUACUGGUACUUCUGGACGUCAAGUACAGAGUGCAUUGGCUGAUGAAUUCCCCUACCUUGACAUCAUCAAUGAUCUUCUUGAUGAUGAAAAAGUAACUGGGAAGACUCCUCAUGGUAGCCAUAUAUUCGAGGGUCUUGAAAGUGGACCCACCCUUUUCAACCGGCAGUUGAGUUACCCUACCGAUAUUAGCCCACUAAGCGAAGCAAGCUCUCUAGGCAGUUUGUGUAGGUUUGAUAGGUCUAGGAGUCACCAUGAUGAUGGGUUUCAACAGGAUUAUGGUGCUAGCAGUCCUUACGAUUCAGUCAGAGAAUUCAUUCCCCAAGAUAAUCCUACAAUGCCUUACAUAAAUGGUCAGAUUGAUGGUGCAGUGGCGAACCAGUGGCAGUUGAUGGGUCCUGAUCUGUCGUUACUGAGCAUGAGGAGUUCUGGGAUGGAUGGUUACUCGUAUAGUAGUAUUUCCGAAUACUCUAAUAUACCGUGUGGUGUGAAUGGUUACAGUAUGUUCCGUCCUUCGAAUGGGCACUGAAAGGACCAUAUUGAGCAAAAGUAUUGUAAUAAUUAUAGAGGGGGAAUGUGGUCUUCGAAAUGGGUGGGUUGUAAUCCUGUCUUAAUGAGAAACAACAUUCUGUAAAGAGAUGGCUUAUUUGGUUUCUGAGCUAUCUGCAAGCUUUGUAUUUUGUUAUGGUUAUUGUAAAUUAUGGUUGUGAGCUCAUCAAGUGUUAAUGUAUUGAUAGUUUUUAUUAGAAAUGAAUGGGUUACACACCAGAUUUACGUCA